CUUCCACAUGCAGCCCCUUACAACAGGAAGGACUCCUCACAUUCCCAUGCAUCUAAACAUUGGCUGUUCAUUGGUGAAACCGCCCUGCCUUAUACUGCUAAACCUCAGCACAGCCUUAUUUUAUCUGCGAGGACACGGGCACAAUUUUUUAACCUGACCUCACAAAUCCGUGUGUAGUCCUCCUGUAAUGUGGGGCGUUCGUGGCACACAUACUACUAAUCCCUGGAUCCUCAAGGACCAUGAUGAUUUCUGGGACGGUGUUGCCAGGGGGAAGGUGGCGACUGGGACCUGUUGGAAAUGACAGCUGAAGAAGGCGGAUUGAAGCACAGGAAUCACAAUAACAGUAAACAUAGAAGAUAGCGGAGAGACUCCCUCGGAUCACUGUGUAAAGGGGUUGUAGACAUGGAGUCCCUGAUGAGUGCGGUGGCCCCGCGCUCCCCAGCCCCCGCCAAGAAGCUGUCAGAGGUCGACUUCCGGUCGGGGGCCACCCUGGAGCAGUUGUCAGCGCAGGUGUCCGAGCUGGUGGUACUGGAGCAGGGAGAGUUCGGAGACCAGACUGCCUUAGAGGUCCACACCGCCAAGGACUUUAUCUUCAACAUGCUCGGAUUAGUCCAAAAAGUGGACCAGCGCCUCCCGGUGGCCAACGAGUACCUCCUGCUGUCAGGUGGGGCCCGAGAGGGAGUCUUGGACCUCAACCCAGAGGAUCUUGGGGACUACGCCAAAGGGGCCGACUUUGACCUGGACUUCACCCUGCUGGUGCCCGCCCUCAAGCUCCACGACCGCAACCAGCCCGUCACGCUGGACAUGAGGCACUCCCCCCCUUGCCACUCCUGGCUCAGCCUCCGCCUCUGCGACUCCAACGUCAUGUCCCGCUGGAGCAUCUGCUGCCAGGAGGAGAAUGGACUCCCCGCUGAGGAGGACGAGGAGGAGGAGGAAGAGGAGGGGGAUAUGUGUAAAGGUUCCAUCCCUUCUCUGGACUCCCCUCAGUCUCUGGACGGGUGCUACUUCUCCCCCUCCCUGGUGACAGACUGGUUCUGGGGGGUGGUGAGCGAGGCUGUGGACGAGCUGAGGCGCAGCCCCCAGAGAGGCAUUCCCACCCCGGACCGACUGGAGAGGAAUGGCCCCCUCACCACUAUCAUCCUCCAGGCGGGAUCGAGCCGGGUGCUGUACGACCUCCUGCCUGUGGUGUCGUUCCGGGGCUGGCCUGCCGUGGCUCAAGGUUGGCUGACGGCCAACCACUUCUGGGAUGGUAAAAUCACAGAGGAGGAAGCCAUAUCGGGCUUCUAUCUGCUUCCCUGCUGCUCCCCGCUGGGUGGCCGGCCCGACAGGGAGUGGAGGCUGGCAUUCUCCCGUAGCGAGGUUCAGUUGAAGAAGUGCAUCCCGUACCCCAUGGCCCAGGCUUUCCAAGCAGCGAAGGCUGUGUUGUCCCGUGUCCUCUCCCGACCUCGCCGUGGCCUCAGCCUCUAUCAUCUGCGUACCCUCCUCUUCUGGGCCUGCGACCGACUUCCUGCCUCCUACCUGUCGUGCUCUGACCCCGACACCGCCGGCCGCCUCAUCCUAGGUCUCCUUGAUGACCUCGCUCAUUGCAUCCUGGGUAAAAAUUGCCCAAACUACUUCCUGCCCCAGUGCAACAUGCUGGAGCACCUCACAGACAGCCAGGCGCUGCUCGUCGCCAGGAAACUCGCCCACCUGAGAUCGGAUCCCAGCGAGCACCUGCGGGCGGCCCUGCAUCAGGCCCAGCAGGCGGGGCAGCUGAAGAAGGAGCUAACAGCUAGCACCAACGGCCACGGGUCCCCCGGGCACAACCCAGCCAACGGCAUCAUCUCCCCGUCGGAGGACAAGCUGGCGCAGCGACUGCAGCAGCUGGUCACUGAGAACCCUGGGAAAUCCAUAUCGGUCUUUCUCAACCCCGAUGAUGUCACCAGGCCGCACUUCCGCAUCGAUGACAAGUUUUACUGACAUGUUUCGACGUGUGGGAAUGUGUUUAGCUAACAAACACGGCCUGAAAAUUACGUCAAAGGGUGAGAGGAAUACAAAUCAGGCAUGGAACUGAACACACUCCUCAACAACGCCUUGCUGCUGACUCUUUAAACCAAAAACAAAUGUCCUACUACUGACUUCACGACAGACAUGAUGUCACCAAGCUGUUGCCACGGAGACGGUCCUCUCCUAACGAGCUGGCCUUAACGAGACUCAUCAGCUGGUGCUACAAAGACAAUGGCUGGCUUUAGUCAAAAAAGUGUGUUGUGUGUGUGUGUGUGUGUGUGUGUGUGUGUGUGUGUGUGUGUGUGUGUGUGUGUGUGUGUGUGUGUGUGUGUGUGUGUGUGUGUGUGUGUGUGUGUGUGUGUGUGUGUGUGUGUGUGUGUGUGUGUGUGUGCACGCGCGUACGCCUAAGGGUUUUCACAUAUGACUUCUUAAGAUGGAGAGAAAAGCUCCUUGAUUGCUGCGUUCCUCCCUCCCGUUUGUUUUAGAUCAGCAAUGGCUGGAAAACAAGGUGUGGCUGAUGUAACUGAAUGUAAUGUUGUGAGGAGAGUCUCUUUUCUCUGUCGACUACAUUUUAGCCCACUUAUCUUUCCACCCCCAAGCCACCAUUUAUGGCAUCUUUUUCAUUUAAAAAUGUAUCUUUCUCAGGUAUUCAGUCAUUUUUGUAUGUAUAUGAUUCAUUUAAGGUCUUAAUCUAUGUUUCAAUGCCCCUUACAUUUCAUUGGGUAGUGGAAUGUACCAAAGAGCUGCGUUUGUGCGGUUUUGCAAAGAGAAAUGUACAUCUUAUUUUGAUGAGUCAUGAUCAGAAUGUUAAUCAACCUUUUCUCCUUCUGAAGGUCUGGUCACUACAGCAGCUACAACGCAACACUGGCAAAAAUCAAUCAUUCCAAUGGAAUCAGUGCAGAAGUUGGACUUGAUAAUAAGUUUAAAACAGGGAUUAAUGACAGUUAUACAACAGGUGUCGUUGGUGCAAAUACGUCUCUUGAAUGUUAUCUAACUUGUUUUUCCCCUUCUUUAUUGGAAUCCUUUAUUGAUUAAAACAAUUUCAGAUCUUGAGAACAAGGCACAGAGCAAGUGGAAAUAAGCUGGGUUAGCUAUCUGUGAAUAAUCACUCCCAGAGGUUUGACAUUUAUUGAUUAUUUACUGUUUUGAUGAAAAGAGCAAAAUGGCAAAUAACCCCUUGCCAAAUGUUCUUUUAUUCUCCUUUCUCAAUGAUGGUCAAUUGACUGUAUUUGUGUUUCAGAUUGUUGAUUAGCUAAACAAGUCAUUUGAAGACACCACUAUGGGCUCCGUGACAUUUUACACAAACAAAAGUAACCAAUAAUGAAAACGUACUUUGCUGUUCUACCUUCUGCCGUGACCAGGCCUCGGAAAAUGGUUGACACUGAAAAGGAUGGGAAUGUAAAAUGUAUUAAACUUGCUAAUUAUAUUAUAAUACAAUGUCUAUCUUGUAUUGUACUAAGAUGUAAGGGUUGUUACAUUAUACGUGAAACCCUUGGCGCUUUUUCAAGUUCUGUUCCCCUACCUGAGCGGACAUUUUGGUCUUUUGUGUUUGGAGUGUUAAGGUAGGCCCUUUAUAAGGGAUCUAGAAAAUAUAUAUUGAGAUACGAGGAAUCUAAUUAUGAGUGUACUAGGCAAAAACACAGGUCUAGAAUCAGGACUUUGGUGAUUUAUCACGACUAAUUCAAGGUACUUCACUUUCAAAACGGCCCGGCACAUCUUCAUCUAUUAACUUUCCGUUGAAGUUUUGUUUGUCUCGAUUUUGGAAACUAGUUCCAACCUGAGUGAUUCUGAUAAUUGUCCUCUGCAUGGUUGGACUUUUUUAAUGAGUUUUGUGUGUGUGUGUGUGUGUGUGUGUGUGUGUGUGUGCGCGCACCCAGAGACGAGGCGCACAGCAGGACGCAGACAAACACCCAGAUGCUGCCCGCUGAAUUUCACCCUCAGUGGGUGCGUGUUAGUCGCUGCGCCCUAUCGUUGCUCAGCAGACGGGUAUCAUCCACAGGGGGACGGGGGGAGGACAGGCCUAUCUCUGCUCCUUUGAGGACGGAAGACAGGCCUUGCGGGGCCUGGACAGCUGCCUCUUUCUCCUGUAUUCUGCUUUCUCUUUUUGCUCCUCUUCCUCCCUCCUAACACCCACAUAUCUCCUCAUAGGGUUGGCUUCUUUAUUUCUUUUAAGAUCUAGAGCAGAAAAAAGUCUUCUAAUCUUAUGUUUACACUCUUUACACCAAUUUGAGUAGGAGUUAUAAAGCUAGUUAAUGGUGCAGUGGAGACAUAAUAAUAACCAGACGAGCAUUAAUGUCAAUUUGUUGUGUCUUAAUGUAAGUCAUUUGAGACAAACUUGCUGCUAUACUUGUGCAAAGGCAAGAUUGAAAAGCUACAUGCACAUGAUUGGUUACAGUUUAUUUGAAAUGUCAACGUGGUGAUGGUUAAUUCAUUUAAAGCUGCUGGUGUGAAUAUUUCUGAGUUUUCUAUUAGAACAUCUGCUCUAAAAUCUCAUGUGCUUACUACUGAAUGAUUUUUUUUUUGUACUGCAUCCAUCUGUUCUGAUGUGUAUGAAUUGAAAACCAAAGCGUGUUGUUGAGACGUUGUAGAAUGUGUGUGUCCGUUAGAGCUUUCAGCACUUUUUCCGAGACAGGCUCAAAUAUCAAAUAACUUUAAGACAGAAGAAAUGCAGCAGUUAUUUAUUUAUCGGAAAUGUAAAAGGUACCUUCUCAUUGCCUGUUAUGUUCGACUGAGUCUCACUUUGUACCUUAUUGGGCCUAGUUAGAGAUUACUAAACACUGGAAAGAAUCACAAUAUUAAAAUGUACGGUGUCAGUUUUUAGAUAUGCAAUCAAUCCUUCUACUCUAAUUCCAACUGUAAUAGUGAAAGGGUAUCUGCUGUCCAGGGGUUGCAUGAUGACACUCCCAAACAUCUGUUUUCCGUGCUGAAACCACUGAUGAUUAUUUUUCAGAUUCUGCGCAUAAAUAACUGACUGAAUACGAUGAAUAUAUCCAACAUAUCUCCAAUCUGUUCCCCCCUGGAGGCUCACCGCUAUCUGCACCGAUACACUCCGAUCCAAUAAGAUUCUGUUCUGAAUCACUCCACACUUUGAGAAAUGUCAUAUCUCUGUUAUUACUUGAGGUCUUUUCUUUUUUAAUAAGUGCAAAUUAUUUUCUCUAUCAUGAUAUGCUGUAUUUAUUACUGUUUCUUUCUGGGGGUUUAUAUUGAUCAAGCUUUAGCAUGGAAUAAAUCACUACAUUUCAAAUCA